AUGCCGUCCUCAUUCUCCAUACCGAGGACGAUCGACCUACUCCGCGGCAAAGCGAAUGAGCCGUUUGAGCUCGGUCGCACUUCGGGCGAACUGAUGGAGGUGAUUCCAACCCUCGUCAUGAUGCACCUCGGCCACGCCAUCACGUACAGGAACAACUCUCAAAAGACGUCCAUCAACACUGAAGAAUUCGCCGCGGCUAUUGACGCAAAGCUAGAGGAGAUGCGAACAAUGGAUGCCGUAGUAGAGCCAUUCCCAAAUGCUCUCUCUUGCACGGAUCGCAAAGCCCGUAAACGCGUAAGGAGAUACCGAGGCUGGUAUACGCAGGCUCUGGUGCAGUGCUUGGAGAAAUGCCUUGCAGAACAGUUGCGCGAUGUCUUUGAGAAGUUCAGCAAUGAAGAAAAUCAGCAGUUCAACAAAGGUUUCGAUUACGGGCUGAAUAGGCUCGCGUAUCGACUGUACCCUGAGGCCAACGUCGCGCUAGAGGCGAAAGGAGAGAACUGGAGCCAGUGGUUGAAGAGCAGGACUGACGACUUGGCGCGAGUGGCUAUGAAGCAGGGUCAUGCUAUCUUUGAGGACUGGUAGAAUGCUGAGUCCCACUACGGAACGCUAACAGAGAGGGCUUGAGCCAUAAACCCUCUGGGUGGAAUGCGGUGGAGUACCAAGAGGAUGCAUAUUUCCAUACCACAGCAGGGCCAUGUAGGCUUG